AAAUACAGACAGUCAGAGACCAUUUGUUUUCUCAAACGACAUGUCAAUCCAAAAACCUUAUGCCUUCCCUUAAAAACUCAAACCGGUGCGUUUUCUCUAUUGUGCUCUCUCUGUCUCUCUCAAAAUCUUCUUCCUACGUGAAAUUGACUUUUGUGGCUAAGCAGAAGCUGUUUCUCUGUUACAGAGAAUGAUAUUUCCACGAAGUCUUGAGGUUUGGAAAUUAGGUAAAGUCAACUACUUGGAAGCACUUAAGCUGCAGGAAAAGCUGGUGUGUGAUAGAAAAGCAUAUAAGAUUCCAGAUACGCUGUUGUCCCUGCAACAUCCUCCUACAUAUACUCUUGGCAAACGGCGCACUGAUCAUAAUUUGUUGAUCCCUGUGCCUGAACUUGAAAAGAUAGGAGCUGAACUUCACUAUACACAAAGAGGAGGUGACAUUACAUAUCACGGUCCUCAUCAAGCCAUCUUAUACCCCAUCAUUUCUCUUCGUGACAUUGGACUUGGUGCUCGGAAGUAUGUGGAAAAACUUGAGUUAACAAUGAUUGAUAUGGCGUCACAAUAUGGUGUGAAAGCUUGUGCUGGAAAAAAGUGUGAGACCGGUGUUUGGGUUGGAGAUAGAAAGAUUGGUGCAAUUGGAGUUCGCAUAUCAUCUGGAAUCACUUCUCAUGGAUUGGCGUUCAACGUUGAUCCUGAUUUAGACUAUUUUAAGCACAUUGUGCCUUGUGGGAUUGCUGAUAAAGAAGUUACAUCUUUGAGAAGGGAGACAGGGAUGGGCGCUUUGAUUUUCCAUGGGAACAAGGCUUACAAAAAGGAGCUGCACAUGUUAAACAGUAAGGCUAUUAGAAUUCUCACCUCUUUGUACAGAACCUUUACAGCCUUGAGAGGGUAUGUUCUCCCUCCCUCCCUCUCUAUUGGUGUCUAAUAUUCAUUAGCAUUCUUACAUCCAUGCAACAGGCAUCUGCAUAAGAAUUUUUGAUACAUUCUUGUUUAAUAGAACUGAACCGCACAUAGUAUGGAUAUCAUCUUAUAUGCAUUCAGCCAAUAUAUCUAAACCGUAGAGCUCUAAUU